AAAAUUAAUUACUUCAUGUCUUCGGACCACUUCUUAGAGAAAGCAGGUCAUGUUUAUCUAUUUUCUCUAGUCAUUUGUAAUGCAUCUACGCCUAAUCACCUAGUAUAUAUGCUUAAAUGCUUAAUUAUAUCUGUUGAUCAUUCUGCUUUUGUUGUGUUUUUCAUCCCCUUAUUGAGGAAUAAAUCUUUUUGUAAAUUGAGUGAGAAGAAUGAAAUGGGGAUUGAGAUGAUUGGGGGAUAAGCACCAAAUAACAAUGUGGUAUUACAACACAUUCCAUUAUGCUUCUGAAAUGGCAAAAAAGCUUCAAAGAUGUGGUCCAAUAAGCCAACUUGGAUAGAUGGAAACAAAGAAACUUAGCUGGCUAAUGCUAAUACAUGCCAAUGAUUUGCUUUAGCUAUGAUUUAUCUUUCUAGGCGCUGGAUACAAACUUAUUAUGCUCAGAUCUAAUUGGUGGACCUUUAAUUUAAAGAUUUGCUUCUCUCAUUAUCCACUUCUGAAUUUAUUUUAUAAUUCUUGUAAUAAAAAAGUAAUUUCAUAUGCUUUUGAUAAGUAAUUAUAACCGUAUUACGGCUGCUUACCUGCUGUGGUGCUGUUGUCUUUUUCAAGGAUGUGGUCCACAUCUUGUAUGAGCCUAUAAGAAUUGUGAUUAUCAAGUUUGCUCCCCUCUGGUGCAAGUCUUUGUGCUGCUAAGUUACAUCGAGAGGUGAUAUUUCUGAGUGAAGAAACUGAUUUCCUUCGCGAGCUUAACUAAUGACAUGUCUUUGGGAAAAGGGAAAAAAAAACAGAAAGAAUGAACUAAUGACAUGUACGGGAAAUUAAAGAUAAAGUGGAAAAAGUCUCAAUUCAGUAAUGCACUAAGCUCCCUCUUCUGGCUUUAUGUGAACCUUUUUUAUUGUAUAAUGAUUUAGUUGAAUAUGAUGUUGGCUCUGCAUGACUGUGAUUGUUCUUUUGGUGGCUCUACUAUAAUAUAUUUUGCAUCUUCUAUAAAUUGUUACAUUCCGAAAUAUUUGGCAUGCUGGGAACUUUUCAUUCCAAUGGAUGAGGCAGUGAACCAAAAAUCUACCAACUUUAAUCUCCUUUCAACCGGAAAAAAUGGAACAGAUAUUGUCUGUUGCAAAACUACUGCUUCAGCUAAAAAGCUUAGAAUAUUUGGCUUUGAGGUAAAUCCUUGUCCGACGGAUAUCAUUUGUUCAAAAACUAAAAGUGACGAGAGUAUAAGCUCCUCUGCAACAUUUGCAGAUGAAAGACUAGGGGGAAAGACGUCCAUCUGUAUGAAUUCCUCUGGCAUAGUUCUUCCCAACCCAAAUGAAAACCUUAUAAACUUGAGCUCCUCCUCAGCUGUCAGGGAAUUUGAAUAUGAGUGCAACUUCUGUUUGAAGAAGUUUACAAACUCACGGGCACUGGGAGGUCACCAGAAUGCCCAUCGAAAAGAGAGGCUGAAGAAGAAAAGGAUGGAUCUUGAAGCAAGAAGGGCUAGCUACCUUUAUGCUUUAAUCAGAAACAAUGGAGUUGUCUACCCUUACUCUUCUCUAAGUCAUCAAGACCUCCUUCUCUAUGUUCCUACCAUCACUCAUGGAAGUUCACAUAUCGGUUUCAGCUCGGUAUAUCAUUAUCAGAACAACACUCAUCCCCCAUAUUUUACUGUUGGUGCUUCCCAAGGUGAACUUCAAUUGCAGAAUAACAGUUUUAUCUUGAUGCAGGGUGGGGAAAAGAACCUGUUGGCAUGAACGCAACUGCUUUGUUGAAAAUUGUUAUGUAAAAGAAGGUGCUAAUAGUCCCGGAAAAGAAUUGAGUGUGCUU